AUGGACAUCAACUCUUUACUAUCCCCUUCCGACACUCCACACGCCGCAUCUCCGACUCCUCAAUCGGUCACCCAAUCUCAAUCCCCCUUCAAACAUGUCCAGAGAACCCGCUCAGGCACCCCCUCUACGCAACCCGCUCUCAACUCUCCUCUCUCUCGAGCCAUACAGCCUCCUUCCAGUAUUCCUGCCCAUGUCAGGAGUCCCUCACAACAGCCUGCUCACUCUUCCCCGCUCAUCAGUCCUGUUCCCACAGGCACUGCCACCCACAUCACCCGAUCUUCUUCUACUCAGAGCAUGGACACUCUGGCGGACCUCGCUUCUCUGCAAAAUCCCAGAUCCACUCCUCCAGUUUUGAAGAGUCGCGAUUCUUCUGAUAGUCAGGUAUCCUCUUCGGCUGCCCCUGUCGCCCAUCUACUCUCGGGCGCCACCUCCAAUCCUACCCAUCCCCGCACCUCCUUCGACAUCGCCAUGGUCGAAACACCAAAACAAGCUCUGAGGCUUGACUAUUCAGAUACCUCCCUCUCAUUCGAGUCAAAGUCGCGCCUUGCCAGCCUGGUUGCAUAUAUUCAGGAGACUCCUUCUUCUUACGAUGGCCAUAAAGAAAUCAUCAAUAUCCUGCACCAAGGUUUCGUUAAUCAUAUCUACCCGUCUUCAAGCCCUGGUGCGCGACGAGACCCUAGAGGCUACGAUCUUUUACCGGAGCUACGGCAUGCCCGUGAGACCUUUGACAAAUUGUUUGCUGUGGGCGAGGAUCAGUGGCUCGAUUGGCUGCAAGAUGAAAGCAUUCUCGCUCAGACCGCAGAAGAGCGAGUUGCAGUUGUCGACAAAUGUCGUCGGGCUGUCAGCGAAGAAUACGGAAGUACUAGCCUCUGGAUCACUUAUGGCGAGUGGGUGCUGCAUUGUUACAAAUGGGCCCAGGACAGUUCCGGAGACAUCCAAGGAGAAAAUGUGGAUCAGGACCGCCUGAUUGGACGUGAGAUUUUUGAUUGGAACUUGGUCUUGGAAACCUGGGCCGAAGGGAUCCUCCGGACUCAACUCGAUUUGAGCCGCAGCCAUGAAGUUUGGGACAAGUACAUGAACGUUCGAUUUGGCGAGACUGCUAAGAAGCUUUCUUCAAGCGAGGCCGAGGUCGCUUUGGAGUUAUUUCAAUCACGACUACGUGUACCACACUGCGCCUGGGAUCAGACGUUUUCCUCGUUUUCCACUUUUGUCUCCACAAACUUCCCGGACCACCAAUAUGAAGACACCAUGGCCUCAACACUUCGGGAGUCCGCCAUAGCCAAAAAAAUAUGGUCUGACCGAGAGGCCCUUGAGUCUGCACUCGAAAGCGCUCGCGAGACUGGCGACCAGACUGCUGAGUAUCAGGCCUUUUCGAGAUACCUUGAAUGGGAGCGCUCCGAGGAGGAAAGGGCCAAGAAGAACAGAAAAUCCAAAGGCAAACGGGAUAACACAAACCGCCUUGCCAACACCCUCGACAUGAUCACUCCACUUUAUCACCGAGCAGAGCUUCGAUUUCCCUCCGUGCUCACAAUCUGGGAAGAGCAUAUAGAGUACCUUCUCUCAAAAUCUAACAAUGACGUGUUGCUCGAGGUGCUUGCCAGAGCGGCCAAACAUUGUCCCUGGUCGGGCUCAUUGUGGAAACAGUAUUUGCUCACAUCCGAACUGGCCGAAGCUUCUUUUGAUCAGACAGAAAGCAUAAAACAUAAAGCCACGAGUACUGGACUACUAGAUGCUGCGGGUAUAGAGGAAGCUUUAGUGGUCUAUGACGCAUGGUGUGGCUAUCUGCUUCGGCGCACUAGGAGACCCGAAUCAACCGAGGAAGACUCUGACGUGGCGGAAAUGGGCAUCAGAUCGUCGAUAGAGGCUGUGCAUAGUCUUGCAUCCACAUUGGGCUUAUCAUCUGAUUUCGAUCCGUCAUUCAGGCUGCAGCGGAAGCAUGUCGAGUACCUUAAAUCGCAGCAACGCUUCGAUAAUGCACGCGCCCAAUUCGACGAUUCUAUUGAGGACUAUGGUAAGCACUAUAAAUUUUGGUUGCGCUUCUAUGAGUUUGAGCUUCAAAAGAAUGUCCAAAUGGCCAUAUCUCAUAGUAGCAGUGCAGAGCGUUUGGCAGCUGUCUCUUCAGCACCAUUUGCAGCUGGCGUCCUGAAACAAGGCCUGCAAUACCCUGGACUAGACUAUCCAGAACCGCUUAUUGAAGCGCUUCUCAACCAUUGCGAAGACUAUGAGGACGCGGACGAAUUGCAGAGUGCGCUCAGCUUGGUACACAAAGUGCAAAAGACACUAAUGGUCAAAAGACAUCAAGAGGCUCUCCAGGCCAAGGAAAUCUCAAGUGAAAUGCACCAUGCGGCGUCAGAGGUCGUACAUAAUGCUCAGGAAGCUCCCAACGGAGCGCACAAUGCUAAGCGGAAACGUGAGGACGAUGCUGACAACGUUGAGGAUCCUGCAAAGCGGUAUAAGAGUGAUGAGACUACCGAUACCGUCAAUGAGGCACCAGCUGCUCCAGAAGAAGAAUCCCUCAAGCGUGACCGAGAGCACUCCAGUGUUCUGGUGCAGAACCUACCCGUUAACAGCACAGAAACCAAGAUUCGACAAUAUUUUAGUAGCUGCGGGACCGUCAAACAUUUGAAGAUGUUGCAGGACGAAGAUAAUUCUGUUAUCGUAGAAUUUGAAGACUCGAACGCAGCCAACUUUGCCCUGACGAGAGACGGUCGUGAGUUCGAAGGCUCAGAGUUAUCAAUUACGCUCAACACCGGCUCAACCCUCUACGUGACGAAUUACAUUGCUGCAGCCGACGAGACCUACAUUCGCAAUCUCAUGCGACCUUAUGGAGAGAUUGUCAGUAUUCGCUUUCCCUCUCUAAAAAAGAAUAAGAGGCGAAGAUUUUGCUACGUUGAGUUCAAGCAACGGAGCGAGGCCCAGGCCGCCACUGAACUAGACAACAGAGACAUUGACGGGCUUGAGAUCGUUGUUAAGAUAUCAGAUCCGACUCGGCGACAUGCAAGAACAGAGAACGGCGAGGCAAGAACGUUAUUCGUCGGCCACAUACCUUUCAAGGCUACCUCCAAGGACAUUGAGACGGCCUUUGCAGUAUAUGGGAAGUUGGAGCAGAUCAAGCUCCCUCAGGAUGCAAAAGCCAAGUCCAGAAAUCGUGGCAUUGCAUUUGUAACAUACGUCAACCCUGAAGAUGCUAAAGCUGCUCUCGCCUUGGAUAAAACGAGCUUUCAGGGCCGCAACAUCACCGUCAACGUCGCUGCCGAGGGCGGGUCACGAGCGAACAGAAGCGUUAAUAGUCGAUCGAUGUCUCCGUCGACUCAGCCAGAUCCACAUUCUACACCGAUGUCAAAAGACCUCAAUGCUGAUGUCGUGCAACUAGAGGACCGCCGCUUACGUACGGUUGCCAUCUCAGAUGUUCCUGACACUGUCAAUGAGAGCCGAAUUAGAGCAAUCGCCGAGAAGACUGGUCCAGUACGCAAAGUCAUUCUUAAAACUAACCAUCAAGGAGCAGUCAUCGAGUUUGAAGGCGUUGCUGACGCCGGAAAAGCUUCGAUCGAGCUUGAUGGAUAUGAGAUCGCCCCUGGACGACACAUUCGCGUCACCACCCAGAGAGAAAUGCGACAGCAAAAGCCGGAGUUGAAGGAAGAACAGUUUGUCAAACGUCCUACGGCUAAGAUGCCGGCAACCAAUGGCCCAGUCAAACGUCCUGCUCAACCAGGUGCUCGAAAAGGUGGGCAUCUUGGUCAGCGGUCCGCAACGAUUUUCCAAGUCACUAAAGCAGAUGCUUCCCCCACUACAGGCGAGCAGAAUGAAGUGAAGAAGACCAAUGAAGACUUCAGAUCGCUCGUUAAUAAAUCUUAA